AUUUCGAAUUAUUGUGUAGUUAAAGUUUUAAAAUACGAACAUUGACCACGAUUGGAUCAUUUAAACCGCCACUUUUUAGUAACGACUAGAAGUAUAGUCCAGGUUGCAGAUAAAUCAAAUUUCUGCCGCUCUGUUUAAAAAAAUAUAUAUUCGGCGCACGAACACCAUAGUGACAGCCGAGUUGCUAGGGAGUGCAGUGUCCGGCUUGAAAUCUAAACCAACGCGGAGUGAUACUUACCUUGAAGCGGCAAAGAGCGCAAGGCGCGGAUGACUGUGUGGAAAAUUUGAUUAUCAUAACUCCAACGCGAAAUUGUUAGCAAUAUCAAAUCAACAUGGCAGAUCAACUGACAGAGGAACAAAUCGCUGAGUUCAAAGAGGCAUUCUCGCUUUUUGAUAAGGAUGGAGAUGGCACCAUCACCACCAAAGAGCUGGGCACCGUGAUGCGCUCACUGGGACAGAACCCCACAGAGGCAGAGCUGCAGGACAUGAUCAACGAGGUGGAUGCUGAUGGAAAUGGAACCAUUGACUUCCCCGAGUUCCUGACCAUGAUGGCGAGGAAGAUGAAGGACACCGACAGUGAGGAGGAGAUCAGAGAAGCCUUCAGAGUCUUCGACAAGGAUGGUAACGGCUAUAUCAGUGCUGCAGAGCUGCGUCAUGUUAUGACAAACCUCGGUGAGAAACUGACAGACGAGGAGGUGGACGAGAUGAUCCGGGAGGCUGAUAUCGAUGGAGAUGGACAGGUCAACUACGAAGAAUUUGUGCAAAUGAUGACUGCAAAAUAAAAUGUGAAACCCAAAGGACCCCUUCACCAAACAAGACCAAACGGUGGGCAGCACUCUGUCAACACUCAACAAGCAUUCACAACCAUCCUCUUACUUUGUUUUUUUUGCUUUGCUUUUGGUUGUUGUCCCCCCCCCUGUCCAUCUUUCUUGAUUCAGGCUCACCUGUGUAAGCUGUUUUCUUUGAUUAUUCCUCUUACACUGCUUUUUAAAUGUUAUGGUUUUCCCCCAUUUUUUUUUUGUUGCAUAUACAGGUACAUCUACAUAUACUAAUGGUGUCUGAACAAGUUAACAUGCUUUUUAAGCUAAAAUGUACGUGGAAAGAAGUGCAUGCUUUAUUUCUUUGUCACCGUUUUUGUGCUUCUCUGCUUGCAUCCCUUUUUAUUAUAUGGCCUAUUCUCCUGCAACUUAAGGUUGUAGAUAUUUAUCUUUUAGAAGUUCGCAGAAUAACCAGGAUGGAAGUUGACAGGAUUUUAACAAAACAAACCCUAAUGUAUUUCCAUGCGCAUGUUUGGUGUAUGUGUGUUUUAACAAUAUUAUGUUUCUUUGAAAUUGUGACAUUAUGUAAGUGUUUAUUUUAACAUAUGACCUGACUUAAAUGCAUGCUUACAAACUCAUGAUUAGUUGGCUGCAAAGAUGACUGUUUGGGUGUAGUAAACAGUAAACAUAGUUGUACAAAGACCCCACUGUGCUGUAUGUGUUUUGUCCAGACAUUAUAAAAUUGAUUCAACGGUUCUUUAACAUGUUUCUUUUACUAGAGCAGGCUUUUCUGUUUAGCACCACCAGUCUUGUUUGACAUGACAAUAUACUAUUAGGAUAUUCAUUCCCCAAGCAAAUGCCACUGAUUAUUGUGGGUUUUAAAGGAACCCCUGUAUAAGAAAAGACAUUUCCCCCACCUGUCCUGUUUUUCAAUGUCGCUUGUGGAAGGGUGAAUCCAAGUUUGAGAGUCUGCUGGUUGUGAUUUUGUACCGAACUUGUGUGUAUGUGAUUGAAGUCACUGUCUGUGUUGGAGCUGCAUUAUGCGUCCAACCACAACAUAUUCAGCUCUAUCACCUUUCAUGUUUGCAUCCAUUUUCAGUUUCCCCCUCCCAUACUUUUUUACUGUCAUGAAAGUUAUUUUCUUUCUGUUCAUGAUCUCUUUGUUUCAUUUUUGAAUGCUUUGCCGGUUUAGCUGUCAUGUUCUCUUUCCCCUGCCCUUUAAAGUUGUAAGUUGUUUUGGGAGAAUGAGAUUAUGCAUUCCAUUGCUGAACUCGUGUCAGUUUUUUUUCUUGCUAAUUAAACUCUUUGACCAGUGUUUCUAUACAAAGACUCCAGUCUUUCAUUAUCCUCAUUGUGCAAUGAAAGCAAGUAUUUGACAAUGCUAUCAAGAAUAUGAUCAGGCAGUAUUUUUAACUUUUGUUGCUGUAUUCUUUCAAGUUGUAACAAUGUUUGUUUAAUUACACAUUUGUAGAACUUAUUGUCCAUGGUUACUGUACAAUAAAGGGGACAACCCAACUGUCUUCCACA